UAAUGGCGUAUCAGUAAAGUGUGUCACUUCUGGUUACGCCCUCCUCAAAAAGAAGUUGUGCGCUAACAGGAAGUGUCCACUAGCAUAAUGAGUCUUCGUGUUUGAUUCGGAGGUGUUUAAAGCUGAAACUGUUGUCACUGGAUUACUGUCCCAGAUCCUGCCAUGGGUAUUACCGCUGUCUUUAUACUCUGCAGUCUUGGCUUUGCCAUAAUUGCUCAAGCACAAGAUUGCUCCAGACCUCUUGCAGGAGACCACAUGAAUUUGAGGGAUGACUACAUUACCCAGCAAACAUUUCCAGAUGGGAGCAAAGUUUCUUUUGUCUGUGAUCACGGCUACACAUCUGCUGGAGGAUCUGCAUCUAUCACAUGCACUGCUGGCACAUGGAGUACUGUGCGGCUGCGAUGUGAAAGGAAAUCUUGUGGCACUUUGGGUGAGGUGUCUCAUGGUGAAGUUAAUUAUGACGGAAAUGAGUUUGGUGAUACAGCUACGGUCACUUGUCACCCAGGUUACAUGCUGGUCGGGAGGUCGAGUUUUAGAUGCGAAGUCAACGGAUGGUCUGGCAGGUUACCAACAUGUGACGCGGUGCAGUGUACCACACCAGAACCAGUUGCAAACGGCACAUUUUAUCCACAGAAAGAUUUCUAUAAUUUCGGAGAAGUUGCGCGGUACUCCUGCUACAAAGGAUUUGUACUUAAUGGACCAACAGAAACAGCCUGCUCUGAUGAUGGGGAAUUCUCCCCUUCUCCUCCAACCUGUGUCAAGGUUCAUUGUGAAGAUCCUGUAAUUGAAAAUGCUGUCUAUGAAAGUGGUUCUCGGCCUCCACAUAAACACAAGGCUACAGUGACGUACAGAUGUAAACCUGGAUACAUAAUGUAUGGCUCACCUACUAUGAUAUGCGAUAUAAAUAACCAGUGGUCGCCAUCGUUACCAGAAUGUAAAAGGGCAACUACACCUUCUGUCACCACUGCUACUCCCACUACCACCACAAAAAAACCUAAAGGUAGGACUUCCACCCAAUCUCCGACUUCAGUCUUCCGAGGUGUGACAUCCACCCAAGCGCCGACUUCCAACUCCCCAGAUGACGGUGACAAGACCCCUCCGACAUUGAUUAUUAUUGCAGUUGCAGUCGGCGAACCCGUACUGUCAAAGAUCCUGCAAAAGCUGACGAGGAUGUACCACUCUCGUGAGCGUCACUCUUCUGUUGGUCCAAAACUCCUGCAUGUGAAGAUACUGCCUUGUGGAGAGGACUAUCCCCGGACCACUGAAUGAAGACGAUUCCAAAGAAGUCAUUAAACUCCUCUAGAAAUCAGCUUCUGCAGAGAAGUCGGCCUGUAAUUUAGACAACAUGACAUCUAUUCUCACUUGAUGUUUCAAGCGCCUGGUCACUUCUAAUACUCAUGAAUCUAUCUGUGACCCAUUUUACUUUUUUGGACAUUAUUGCACUCUACAUUGAUUUGGAAUAUUUGCACUAGAGCACAGCUCAAGCUGGCCUUCAGACACAGCUACAGAGAUCUUCUUAAUCUAGUAAAAGGAGCAUUUUUUAACAUUUAAUUUUCCACAUUGUGUUUAACUUUUCUGUUUGUGCAGAAAUAUUUGGCCUAAUUAAAAAGAAACUUCACAUCUUUUGUCACUUUAAAGAUAAUGGGAGCUUUUGUAAUUGUAGAAAAGACUCCUGGUGGUUUAAACCUCAGUCUUAAAGUUCAUUAUUUAUACAGAUCAGAAAUUAGGGCCUAGAAAAGUUACAUCCUAUGGGCCUGUUUG